AUGUGCCGUGUCUCUCAUCUGUUGGUGUUGGUGUGUGUGUGUCAGUACGUGAGCCAGAGGCGGGGGCUGAGCUUCUCACUGUCUCACUGUCAGGUCCACGGGUCACUGUGGGACAAAACUGACCUGAAGGUCCUGUGUUACAGGAUGCAACUGGUCUCAGUCCCGGGAUACAUCCCCAAUAACACCCAGGACCUGGAUUUGUCGGAGAAUAGGAUCGUCUCCCUGCAAGGAGCCAGCUUCCAGCACCUGCAGAGGUUACAGACCUUGAACGUGUCCAAGAAUCAGAUCCAGGAGGUGAGCCCCGGGGCUUUGAGCAGCUUGAGGAAUCUCACUCUUCUCAACCUGGCCUUCAACCGAUUCAGCCAGCUCAGCCAGGACACCUUCUCUGGCCUGACUUCCCUCAAGAUCCUCCUGCUCCACCACAACUACAUCAGCUUCAUCCAGCCCACAGCCUUCCUCAGCCUGACCCAACUCCAAGUACUCAACCUGACCUCCAACCGGCUGGGCUCCCUCCGCAGCGCUGCCGCAGCUCUCAACCUCCCCAGCCUGGAGGAUCUACACUUGGCAAACAAUUCUUUGGCCAAUUUUUCUACCCAGGACAUCCCAGCCGUGUCCAGGACCCUGAAGAUGCUGGAUGUCUCCAGGAACCCUCUCUCCCUGGUCAAUAUCACCAACGGCGUCCUGAGCCACUUGCGUUUUCUGAACCUGUCAUUUGCCGGAACCAACCAGACAUUCAUUCUGCAGGUAGGAGAGGAGAUGUUUCUGGAUGGUAUUGAGGGACUGGCUUUGGGAGGGGUACUUCUACCGCUACCUGGAAUAUUGGCCUUCCUCAGAAACCUGAAAGCGGUUUCCCUGAAGGAAAUCCAGUUAAGUUAUCUGGGAUUGACUGAGACACACCCCCUCGUCCCCCAGAUCUGCCAUUUACUGCAAAGUCUCAAAAUACUGGACCUGAGAAGGAAUGGCUUUGUCACAUUAAACGAAAGCUUGUUUGUUGGGUGUGUGUAUUUGGAACAGUUGGAUUUGUCCCACAAUAAACUCAUAGCCUUGUCAGUCAGUGGCUUCAGCUGUCUGAAGUUCUUGUUUCUGGCUGGGAAUCAACUCACUGAGAUCCCAAGCACAAGCUCCAUUCUGGACAGUUUGGAAAUGCUCGAUCUCAGGUUCAAUCGCAUUGCUCACAUCAACUCCAAUGCUUUCUCUUCCUUGAAUAAACUGAAAAAAUUACUGCUCUCGGGAAACAAACUCACAACAGUCACACCCAGGUCCUUUACUGGACUCUCUAGGUUGGUGUGGCUCGACUUGGGGGGAAAUAGUUUGCUGGAAAUCAAGAAUUUCUCAGAAAGUUUAAAGAACCUGGAAAUUCUCGAUCUUCAGAGUAACAAAUUGAACUCCAUCACCAAGAACACGUUUAUCAACUUGAUGAGUCUAGGUGAACUUGUUUUGGGUGACAACCAGAUAUCCAAACUGCAGGAAGGAAGUUUCCAAGGGCUUUCCAAUUUAACAGUCUUGUCGUUAGGAUCUAAUAGGCUUACAGCUGGGACUUUGAGAGACCAUGUCUUCUCAGGACUAGAUUCCCUGAAGGUACUUAAUCUGUUCAAGAACUUUCUCUCCUACCCAUCCUCAGCUAGGCUAGACACACCGCCUUUCCGCUCCCUCAAGUCCUUGCAGUAUCUUCAUAUCAACAGUCAAAAUCAUAACGGUUUCCAGAAUUUUCCUUCAAAUUUCCUGGAAGGAUUGACCUCUUUAAAGGAAAUACAUUGUGGCAACAUUGUGGUUAGUUUUUUUGACCCUGAAACCUUUCGCCACGUGCCCCAGCUUACUCUUCUAGACUUGAGUAACAACCCCUUAUACUCCAUCAGUCCUGGACUCUUUCAGUCGCUGCCUGCUUUGCAGGAACUUCAUCUGAAGAAAGUGAAUGUGCAGAACCUGGACUUCCUGUUGAAAGGAAAUUUGACUAAGUUGAAACUACUCAGAGCUGUGUCGAACUCAAUCGAUAUUGUAAACCAAUCGCACAUCGAAGCAAUGCCCUCGCUCACUUACCUGGAUCUGAGAGAAAACGCAUUGUUCUGCUCGUGUAAGAAUUCUUGGUUUCAAAACUGGUCUCUCUUUGACCAAAUGACCCAAGUGAUAUACUUUGAUGAGUAUACAUGUGCUUACCCGCCUAAUCUGAAAGGAAACAAACUCAUUAAUUUUGACUCAAAUUCUUGUUCUGCUGAUGUAGGAUUUGUGCUUUAUAUUUGCUCGUUUAUAGGCAUAAUAAUGACAGUCCUGUGCAGCUUUGUCUAUCAGUUUUGGAGAUGGCAAAUUGUAUAUACGUAUUAUCUCUUUCUAGCAUUUAUCUAUGAAAAACACAAGAGAUAUAACAAUCAGACACAUUUAUACGAUGCUUUUGUUUCUUAUAACACACACGAUGAACAAUGGGUGUUGAAUGAACUGUUGCCAAAUCUGGAGAGGAACAACAAAUGGAAAUUAUGCCUUCACCACCGUGACUUUGAACCUGGGAAACCAAUCAUUGAUAACAUUGUGGACAGUAUCUACAAGAGCAGGAAGACCAUCUGUGUCAUCAGCCGCCACUAUUUGGAAAGUGAGUGGUGUUCCAAAGAAAUCCAGGUGGCAAGCUUUAAGCUGUUUGAUGAACACAACGAUGUGCUAGUAUUGGUUUUCCUGGAGGACUUACCCGCCAAUUGUCUCUCUCCGUAUCACAGAAUGAGGAAGCUUGUGAAGAAGAAGACUUACUUACAAUGGCCCCAACAUCAGGAGGAAAUGGAUUUGUUUUGGCACAGACUUGGUGUGGCUUUGAAGACAAGCAACCACAAGGAAGAGGAAAGCCCAUUCCUUUCUGGCAUUGACCCAGACUCUUGCUAA